AUGGGUGUAAAAAAACCUGCCACAAGACCUGCCUAUGAAUUCAAGCAAAUGCUUCGAGAUUCAACUCGGCAUAAAUCACAAAUCGCUGAACCUCGAAAAAUAAAGUCUAAAAGUAUAAAAAAACCAAAAUUUCUUGAAAUAACUUCAAAACUUCAACAUACUAUCAACAAUGAUAAUGAUGGUUUAGCAUCAACGAAGCAAAAAUUAAAGGCCGAUGAAUAUGAAGAAGAGGAGUCACAGACUGGAAAUGUUAAUAAAAAACAAAGUCUUUUCACAAAACAACAUAAUUUAAGAUCUAGGAAAAGAAUACCAGAAGUUUUGAAACCAAAACUUCAACCAUAUGAUGCUAUAGAAGUUAGGAAAUUAUCUAAAGAAUUCCCUGAUAAUUAUUGGCAAUUUCAUGCUAAUAGUGGUCAUGGAAUGAUAAAUUAUAUAAAUGAACAAAAUCCACUUGAAUUACUUGAUGUAAAAGCAACAGAUUACGGCCCUAUUAGUGGUAUGGUUCUUUCACCUGAUGGCACAAUGCUCGCUUCAUUUAGUAAUUUUGGAGUUAUUAAAAUAUGGGAUACCACAGAAUUAACAAUGCUUCAAACAAUGAGAGAUACUGAAGAAAAAAACAUUGAAGAAUAUUAUGUGGGGAAAUUUGCACCUACUCAUACACAUUUGAUUGCUGGCGGAAAAUUAAAAGAUCGAUACAAAUGGGAAUAUAAAGAGGAGGAUAAUCAUAUAUUACCAUGUCCAUUAAAAAUUUUCGAUAUUAUAACGGGAAAAUGUGUUGGUAAACUUGAAGGCCAUAUUGAAGAAAUAUUAUCAAUUAAAAGUGUUACAUUUAAAGGAGAAAAUUAUUACAUAAGUUCAAGCCAAGAUGGAAAUUUUAUUAAAUGGAAGAUGGAAGAUGAUUGGAUCACAUUGAAAGAAAAAGAAUGCAUUGACGAUGGCGAUAACGAUAUGGCAUUUACUGUUUCAUUUCUUCCAAAUACCGGCAACAAAUAUUUCUUGGCUACUACAGAUGAUACAGUUAAAUUAUACGAUUUUGAAACAGGCCAGCUUUUACAAACUUUUGAAGAAUUAUAUUCGCAAUAUUGUGAUUUGAGAAGGGCGAAUAAACAGAAAUCAUCAUCAAAGCUUAUUAUUCCUCAACACGCUUAUUUUAUAACUAGAGAUAAUGUAUGUAUUUUACACAAGUUGAUAUAUCCAAAUAGAAUAGGAGGUAAAUUUCGAUUAGAAACAAUUAGAAUAUUUCAACAUAAAAAUUACAUUUCUAAUUCUUGGCUUGUAAGAAUCACAUCAAAUGGACGAUAUCUUGCUGCUCCAACAAUGAAAGGUGAAGUUUGUAUAUUCAAUUUAAGAACCGGGAAUAUCGUUGCAAUACUUAACGAUCAUGAAAGUAUGGAAAGUAUAGUUUUUUUUUAUAAAGUUUUUCAACUUUAG